AUGUCGGAAUAUCAAGCACGUCUCUCUAAACUUCGAGAGGAAAUGCGCCGAUCAGACGUUUCUUUCUAUGUUCUUCGCAUAUCUGACCCCCAUUGUUCUGAAUAUAUUAAUUCACACUUCAAACAAGUCGAAUUUCUAUGUGGCUUUACUGGUUCAGCCGCUGUGGUGGUUAUAACCCAACAAGAAGCACUUUUGUGGACGGAUGGGCGAUAUUACAUUCAAGCAACAGCCCAACUACCUUCGUGCUACACCUUAAUGAAAGCGACUGAGAAGACCACGCCGAAGGUCUUUGAAUAUCUUGCUGAUAACAUUUCCCCGUCACAGUAUGUCGGGUUUGAUUAUCGAACGACGCCUUCUGAGUUUUACACCAGUUUAAAGGAGAAAGGAGUUCCAAUGAAAGAUGUCGAUUUCAUCGAACAAAUGAUUGGUGGGAAGUUAAUUCAUUUGGACGUUUACCCAUUUCUGGGAGCUCAACUGUCCGUGGCAAAGAAACUUGAACAAGUGAGGGAAGUCUAUAAGAACAGAAGUGUUGUACUCACUGCCCUUGACGAUGUUUGUUGGCUGUUUAAUGUGAGAGGAAGUGAUGUGCCGUAUAUCCCAGUAGCUUACUGUUUUGCUAUUGUAACACAAGAGAGAGCCGUCUUGUUUAUUUCAGAUGAAAAAAAGGUGCAGACUCUUCAACACAUUUUGCAAAUCAAAGAAGCUAACGUCGACGUUCUGCCUUAUGACAGUUUUUAUGAAAAGUUCUUGGAAUUAGUCGGAGACGAAGUUGCAUAUGACGCAAAAUCCACAAACGUGCGCGUUGAGCAGAUUUUGGUGGGAUCUGGAAAACAUUUGUUUGACACCAUUGAAGACCUCAAAAUAAUGAAAUCAGUCAAACUUGAGAAGGAAGUUACGACCACUCAACGACUCCAUGACAUCGAUAGUAAAACAUUAUGUGAUUUCUUUGCUUCAGUCAAUGAAAAUUGUGUGAGUGAAUUAGACGCAUCUAAGUACUUAGAGAGUUUGAGAGUACAAAAUAAGGAAUACAAUGGACCAAGUUUUGAGUCUAUAAUAGCCACGGGUAAGAAUGGAGCAAUUGUCCAUUAUAGAGCUACUGAAAAACAAAAUAGUGUUAUUGAUUGGAACUCUUUGUUAUUGUGUGAUGUUGGCGGACAAUACCCCGACGGAGCAACAACGGAUGUGACACGAACAAAUUACUACGGGAGUGUUUUGAAUGUCGAGGAAAAGGUCAGAAGAGCAUAUACAAGAGUGUUACAAGGACAUAUCGACUUACUCAUGGAAGUCUUUGAGAAGACUAAAACAGCAAAAGAACUCGAUGUUGUAGCACGAGAACCACUUCUCAAGGAAAAUUGGGAAUACAAACAUGGAACUGGUCAUGGGGUAGGACUCUAUAUGAUGGUACAUGAAAGUCCUCCAUCGUUUAGAGAUGAUAAAGUGUUUCACGAAGGGAUGUGUAUCACUAUAGAGCCUGGGGUGUACUUAGAAAAUGAAUUUGGAAUAAGAAUAGAAAACCAAGUCAUCGUUGUCGAGAGAGAUGAGACCCAUUUUGGCUUUGAAAGUUUGACUAAAGUGCCUUAUUGUAUGAAAUUGAUUAUGACCGAACUCUUGAGUACUGAAGAGAAAAAGUGGAUUAACACGUAUAAUAAACUCAUCUUGAGGGAUAUUUUGCCUCAUGUGGAAAGUGCAAAGACAAAGACUUGGAUUUUAGAGAAUACAGUUGAAUUAAUUUAA